UUGUGUACAAAUAUUUUACCAGAAUUGUUUCAAAUUAAAUAUAAAUACAUGAUUUGAAUUACAAUUUUAUUGGAUUUUUAAUACUUUAUAGUUUGUGGAUCGCGGCGAAUACGAUUCUAAUAAAAAUCAUAAGAGUCCAAGGGCGCAUACCUACAUUUGCGCUCCGUUGAGAAAAAUUUCGGGUGUGUGGUGCUGAGAAAUCGUCAAAGAUUGACUCCGUGUGGGGCUGGGCUUCGCCCCCGCUGCGCCUGCAGCUGGGAAACGCGCGCGGACACAAGAGGAUGGGGGAGGGCGGCUCCCCGGGCGGCGGCGCGCGGCUGUCGCACACGUCGGAGAAGCACCCGCGCGCCAUCCUGGGCGAGCUGUCGGCGCUGCGCAGGCAUCGCGAGCUCUGCGACGUGGUCCUCAAUGUGGCCAAUAGGAAGCUCUUUGCGCACAGGGUGAUCCUGUCAGCCUGCAGCCCGUACUUCCGGGCGAUGUUCACGGGAGAACUAGCGGAGUCCCGCGCCACCGAGGUGACCAUCCGCGACGUGGACGAACAUGCGAUGGAGCAGCUGGUUGAGUUUUGCUACACGGCGCAUAUUGUCGUCGAGGAGAGUAACGUACAGGCGUUGCUCCCGGCGGCGUGCCUGUUGCAGCUGCAGGAGAUCCAGGACGUGUGCUGCGAGUUCCUCAAGCGGCAGCUGGACUGCUCCAACUGCCUCGGCAUCCGCGCCUUCGCCGACACGCACUCGUGCCGGGAGCUGCUGCGCAUCGCUGACAAGUUCACGCAGCAGAACUUCCCGGAGGUGAUGGAGAGUGAAGAAUUCCUACUACUGCCAGCAGCACAGCUGAUCGACAUAGUGUCUUCAGACGAGCUAAACGUGCGGUCGGAGGAACAGACGUUCCAGGCCGUCAUGUCGUGGGUCAAAUACAAUGUGGCUGAAAGGCGGCAACAUUUAGCACAAGUCCUUCAACAUGUGCGGUUACCACUCCUCAGUCCAAAGUUUCUAGUCGGGACUGUGUCCUCGGAACUUCUGAUCAGGUCUGAUGACGCAUGUCGGGAUCUACUCGACGAAGCCAAGAAUUACCUGCUCUUGCCACAGGAGAGGCCGCUCAUGCAAGGCCCGAGAACUCGACCUAGGAAGCCUACGAGGCGAGGCGAGGUGCUGUUCGCCGUGGGCGGCUGGUGCUCGGGCGACGCCAUCGCGUCGGUGGAGCGCUUCGAGCCCACGGCGGCGGAGUGGAAGAUGGUGGCGCCCAUGUCCAAGCGGCGCUGCGGCGUGGGCGUGGCCGUGCUGCACGACCUGCUGUACGCCGUGGGCGGCCACGACGGCCAGAGCUACCUCAACAGCAUCGAGCGCUACGACCCGCAGACCAACCAGUGGUGCGGCGCUGUGGCCCCUACGUCGUCGUGUCGGACGUCGGUCGGGGUGGCGGUGCUGGAUGGUGCGCUGUACGCCGUAGGGGGCCAAGACGGCGUCCAGUGCCUCAACCACGUAGAGCGGUAUGACCCCAAGGAGAACCGCUGGAGUAAGGUGGCAGCGAUGACUACCCGGCGGCUAGGCGUGGCGGUGGCGGUUCUUGGCGGGCACCUUUACGCAGUGGGCGGUUCGGACGGACAAUCACCACUUAACACUGUGGAGCGCUACGAGCCGCGCGCCAACAAGUGGACGCCGGUGGCGCCGAUGUCCACGCGCCGCAAGCACCUCGGCUGCGCGGUGUUCGACGGACAGAUCUACGCGGUCGGCGGCCGCGACGACUGCACCGAACUGUCCUCGGCGGAGAGGUACGAGCCCGCCACAGAUUCCUGGUCGCCAGUGGUGGCCAUGACGUCACGGCGGAGCGGCGUGGGGCUCGCCGUGGUCAACGGACAGCUGUACGCCGUCGGCGGCUUCGACGGCACCGCCUACCUUAAGUCUAUUGAGGUGUUCGACCCGGAGUCCAACCAGUGGCGGCUGUGCGGCGCCAUGAACUACCGGCGCCUGGGCGGCGGCGUGGGCGUCAUGCGCGCGCCGCACCACGACAACCACUACAUCUGGAACCGGAAAGACUCUGUGGUAUGAAGCGAUCGCCAUUUCCUAUCAGGUUAAGUCGUUACUCAUAUUAUUUUAUUGUUAAAGUAAUUAUAUUAUAAA